GAAAAAAAUGCGUUUCAAAUUCAAACGGCUGCAGACCAGGAAGGAAUAAGUCCAACAUCCGACCCGAGCCACGGCACGAAGAGUCAUGAGCGGCAAAGAGAACGCGUUGUCUCGUCUGCCGAUAAUGUCGGCAAAGCGUCCAGCAACAGCAGCGUCCAGCAACACCAGCGGCAGCAGCAUGGAGAGCACGGGCCAACCAGCCCAGAAGAAGCAGCGCCGGGAGGCGGAGCCGGCGAGGCCCAAGGCGGCCCUCAGCACGGCGCCCGUCCGCCGCCCGCCCGCCGCCAGCGUCUCCCGGGCGCCGCGGGCCACGGGUGCUGCCACGGUGGCCGCCGCGCCAUCCAGAGGCGGCGUCAGGCAGAACGUGGCGUCGGUGGCGCCGAGGGGCGGGGCCAGGCCGGCGGCGGCGGCGGCGUCCAACAAAGCAGGUGGGGCGGCGGGCGGGCGGCGGCCGGGCUGGGACAUGCGGGGGAAGGUGAGCGACAUGCAGGCCAAGCUGCAGUCGCUACAGAGCCGCGACCGGACGGCGCAGGAGGAGACCCGGGAGCUCCGGGGCACCGCGGCCUCCGCCCAGCAGAGGGCGGCGCAGCUGGCCGAGGAGCUGGAGGGCCAGAGGAGCCAGAUCUCCGCGUACCGGGGCGAGCUGGCGGAGGUCCGUGGGGAGCUGGAGCGGGAGGCGUCGGAGCGUCGCGGCCUGCAGCGGGAGCUGGGCGGCCUGCAGGAGGCGCACCAGGUGGUGCUGACGCUCCGCGACAGCCAGGAGCUGGAGCUGCAGGCCGGAAGGGCGAAGCUGCUCGCGCAGGGGUCCAGCCUGGAGCGGCUCGAGGCUGGCCUGCAGCAGCUCCAGGCCGAACUACAGCAGCGGGAGCAGGAGGUGCGGCUCCUGCAGGACACGGUGGACCAGCAGAAGGACGCGCUGCACGCCGGCGAGAUGGAGCGGCGGCAGCUUCACAACACGCUGCAGGAGCUGAAGGGGAACAUCAGGGUCUUCUGCAGGGUGCGCCCCCUGGUGGGCGGAGGCCCCAGCCCCCACAUCCUGCUGCCCCCCGACGACCACAAGGCCCUGGUCCUGGCCAGGUCCGAGGAGUCUCACGUGGGCCGGACGGGGGACACCCAGAAGACCUACAACUUCAGCUUCGACCGCGUGUUCGGCCCCAGUGCCAGCCAGCAGGAGGUGUUUGAGGAGAUCUCCCUGCUGGUGCAGUCUGCCUUGGACGGCUACAACGUCUGCUGCUUCGCCUACGGCCAGACGGGCAGCGGCAAGACCUUCACCAUGGAGGGGGGGGACUCUGACGCGGCGGUGGGCGUCAUCCCCCGCGCCGUGCAGCAGGUGUUCCUGGCGGCGCACAAGCUCGGCGCCCAGGGGUGGGAGUUCUCCUUCACGGCGAGCUUCGUGGAGGUCUACAACGAGAGCCUGCGGGACCUGCUGUACACCGGCAAGGGCGGCAAGCGGCCCGAGCAUGAGAUCCGCAAGUCGGCCGCCAACGAGAUCAGCGUCACCAACCUCACCUACCAGAAGGUCGCCACCGAGGGACAGGUGCAGAACCUCAUCGCCAUAGCCAACCAGAACCGCUCCACGGCACAGACCACCCUGAACGACCGCUCCUCGCGCUCCCACUCGGUGUUCCAGCUGGACAUCCAGGGAGAGAACGCCGGCCGCGACGUCCGCUGCAAAUCCACCCUGUGCCUGGUGGACCUGGCGGGCAGCGAGCGCGUGCUGAAGAGCCAGGCCCAGGGCGAGCGCUUCAAGGAGAUGACGGCCAUCAACGGCUCCCUCUCCAACCUGGGCCUCGUCAUCACCGCCCUGGCCAACAAGGAGAGCCACAUCCCAUACAGGAACUCGAAGCUCACCUACCUGCUGCAGAGCUGCCUAGGAGGGAAUAGCAAGACCCUGAUGUUCGUCAACAUUGCGCCGGAGCCAGACAGCUUCGGCGAGUCCCUGAACUCCCUGCGCUUCGCCAGCAAGGUCAACGACUGUUUUGUUGGUACAGCAUCCGCUAACAAGAAGUGAGGUGUUUUUUUAAAACCAGCACCAGUUUUUUAUUUUUAAAACCUUUUUGUUGUAUUUUUAAAAAAAAAAACAUUUUUCUAAUAAAUAUUUUAAUAGCGCUGUGUUGUUGCAUUGUGCUUACACUGUAUUAAACCCUUUAGCGAUGUAACGCAGUAGUGAGUAUAGCACAAUAUGAAGAAUCUGUACCCAAUGCCUGAUCAGUUUGUUUAUCCAUCUCACUAUAAUAACUUUAUAAUGUGUAUUUCUGGUUGAGACCAAAGUAAAGGACUAGCUUGUGAAGAGUUUGAGUUGGUAGUGUCCCACGUCCUUCGGUCUAAGUGUCUGAUGGUCUUUUAUUAAACAGAAUCAAGUCACUGACACGUGGUGUCACUCUGCUUCAUUUCACACAUUUAUAUCGGCCAGCGUUUACGUUGCUUCCUUCAUCUUUUGGCAAACAGAUUCCGUGAGGCCACCACGGAUUUCGAAUUAAGCGCCCGUGGUCGACUCGCUCGUUGAAACGGUGACCUGUGUGUGUGUGCCACGGAAUAUCGGUGUCAUUUACUUGCAUUGGAGCAAAUUCCGUGGCCACAUCACGGACAAUUUAAGUGAUUCCGUGAGGCCACCACGGAUUUUGAGUUAAACGCCCGUGGUCAACUCGCUCGUUGAAACGGGGUUCUGUGUGUGUGCUCAGUGUCAUUUACUUGCAUUGGAGCAAAUUCCGUGCCCAUGUCACGGAAAUCGGCGUGUUUCUGUGAUGAUCCCACGGAUUUUGAGUUCAGAGUCCGUGGUCAUUUCACGGAUUCCUGUGAGACCAGGGCCCCGUUUCCCGAUAUCGAUGGAUUUUCGCUCGUAAGAUCAUUCUCCCGAUGGAUCUUUCGAACCAUCGAUAUUUUCUUCGUCGCGUUUCCCGAAACUCCUCUUAACGUGAACGCGCAUUCGCUGCACUCACGACGUCGUAGGAUUGUAACUGUCUACUGACACGGUGCUGAAAUGGGCUCCAUAGGAGGGGGAGACGCAGGAAUGUCGCAGGAAAAUUGUGUUAAAAAGGGUUCAAAUAUCUCCCCAUCAAGGACAGCAGCAGAGUAGCCUACGAAAAAAAUAGACUGCAAUUAUAUGAAUGCUAAAGACAUUAAAACACAAUUGAUUAGGCUUAAGCCGACAUAUAGCCUAUCAGUCCUAAUCCUGAAUGCACUGUGCGUUUCACGGCAUUUCCCCCCCUGAAAUAAUUCCAUAUGACAAAAAAUUAAAAAUAGCUUGUGUGACAACUACAUUUAUCUUAAUGGGCUGAUUUCUGAAACAUGCUUUGCGCAGCAAAGAGAGCCGACUUAAAGGGGUAGUUCGGAAUUUUGGACGGAGGGCCUGAUUCCCAAGUGAGCAUUGGUAUUCUUUAUCACUGGAGACAGUUUAACACAUUUCAUUCAUUCCUUCUAGUUGCAGAGUUCGCUCGUGCUAGGCUAGCGCACGUCAACGGGCAAUGCUAGCCUGCGAUUAAAAACAGUGUUACCCACUCCACAGUAGGCUACACCCGAGAUAAAUCAAUUAUAACGACAGACAUACAUUUAAAUGUCUGUUUAUAGAAUAAUGUUAGAAAUAAAACCAACCUUGCAUUGCAUUUUGAGGGAAUUGCUGGGUCACAGCAGCAGUGUUAUAUUCCUGGUAGUAGGCUCCAUGGUAGUAGGCUACGGCAGCGGCGGACUGAUACCUAGGUUACCGGUGUUGUGUCGAGAUCUGUUUCCCCUAGUCCCCGCCCCCGUCCGAAAUUACCCGAAGGGCGAUGGAAGAAAAAAACAACAUUGUUACCCCUUAUGUUUUUUUUCAUGAUGACCAAUAAAAAACAACAGUGUUACCCCUUAUGGUUUUUUUCAUGACGACCAAAGAAAAACGACUGUCAUCCCUCAUGUUUCAUUUGAUAAAAACGACAGUGUUACCCCCUAUGUUUUAAUUGAUAAAUAUCGACAGUGUUACCCCUUACGUUUUUUUUCAUGACGACCAAUAAAAAAGUACAGUGUUACCCCUUAUGGUUUUUUUCAUGACGACCAAAGAAAAACGACAGUGUCACCCCUCAUGUUUCAUUUGAUAAAAACGUGAAGCGCGCGUACACAAAAAGCUCGCCCACGAGCUGCUGUGCUCGUACACAGAGGCACUUUGGAGAGAGCUAAGGUUCAAAACUGACUUUUUUU